AUGGCGGCUCCGAGACCACAGCCACCGCUGAUCCCAAGGCCGACCUUGACAUCCGAGGAGGGUUGCUUAGCUACUAGCACCGACAGGAAAUAUUAUCGCCGCGGCAACGCGUUUAUCAAGCGCUGUCUCCGUCCCCGCGAGUUCCUGCAUCUCGGCCACCAAGGAGUCCACAUCCCUCGCUUGCGGAAGGAAUCUCUGAAGAACGAGGCCGACACGCUGCGCUUCAUAAGCCGACACACCGAGAUCCCCGUCCCCCUCCUGUUCUGCGACUUCGAAGAUGACGACGCCUACUACCUCAUCACCCAGUACGUCGAGGGCGUCAACAUGGCCGACCUGCCCGACCACCAAAAGGAUGUCGUCAUCGCCGAGCUCGAAGGCUACCUCGCCCAACUCAAGACUCUGACAUCGAACCGCAUGGGCGGGCCCUCGGGUAUCGUGAUACCCCCUUACCGAGUGCUAUGCGAGACGGAGAGGGACGACUGGUCGCGACUGCGUACGUCGACGCAUGCCGAAUACGUCUUUUGUCAUAACGAUUGUUCGCAACACAACGUUAUUGUCAACCCGGACACGCUCAGGAUCGCUGCCAUCGUCGACUGGGAGUAUGCCGGCUUCUACCCCGCACACUUUGAGUUUCCUUUCUACAGGCGGAAAGGACCGUCGGUGGCGCUAGGAGAUGAGGAGGACGAUGCACAACAAUUGCUUCAUUUUCUCAACUCGCAGUUGGAGUGGGAGGCCCACGGCCAGUCUACUGUAUCGAGUCCUCCACCCUCCCACUAG